AUGAAGGUUGAGAUUGAACGCGCAACUCGCUUCCUCCGCCAGCUCUACACCUCGGAGCUCGAGAUAUGCCCGGCAUCGGACGCCUUUCUCGAUACGGUCCAGGAUGAACUGAGCCGUCGCUACAAGGGCCAUUGGUACGCCGACUCGCCCAGCCGCGGCCAGGCCUUUCGCUGCCUGCACCACGAGCCACGCAAACCCUGCGUGGUCGUCCGCUCUGCCCUCGAGGCUGCCAACACCCCACCUUCUUCCGCCAACGACACCGCGGCCACCCCUCGAGCUGCUACUCCCGUCGACCCUUCCGGCCUCGUCAGCGAGUGGACCAUUUGGGUGGACCCCCGCGCCGUCUCCGUUCGCCUCGGCGCCGAAGCCCCCGUGUACAUGCUCAACCUCAAUGGCGCCUCGCAGCAGGAGGAUGACGCGCGCGACCAGCUCCUCAUCAAGGAAAGUCUCUCGCGUCAAGCCUCAGCCACUUCCAGCGCCGCCAACAGCCCCGUCUUGAGCGCCAACCUUUCCCCGGACAUGCCUCCUGCCGUCCUGGCGACCAUGGGCUCGCCCUCACAUCUUCACCACGCACACCCCAACAUGGCGGCUUACAACCCCUACGCUUCCUCCGCCGCCCACGAGGGUCCCUAUCGCCAUCCCCAAUAUCAACAAUCCCAACAGUACUACGCGAGCCAACGCUUCAACGCCUCCCCCAUGCGCACCCGCCGCUCCAAGGCCCUCACCAUCACUGCCCCCUCAGCUGGCAACAACACCCCCGCCUUUCCUCCGGCCAUCACUGCCUAA